AUGGAGGCUGACUUGCUGUUGAGUCUUAGCAGCUUCUGUCGUAUCUCUAUGCAGGCUCGGCCCGUUUUCUCUACCGUGUCAAGAACAUUUGUUGAUGAUGUUGGGACCUUCGUCAAGCACUUGCAACUCAGCAGGAAUGAGCGUACUAUGACGGUGCUCACUUUUUUAAAACUUGUGUCUCAUGCUUCUGCGGAGGCGGAAACAAGACGAGAACAGUUCAUUAGCAUCUGGCUACUGUGUAACAUGCUGUUGGAGAGGAUAGCAGACAUUAGCAAGCUGUACUGGCAGUGCGAACGCACGAGAAGGAUUUUACGACUGUCAAUGCCAGUAAGCACUUUUGGUGUUGGCGAGCGUGACAGAAGCGUACACGGCUUACCUAGCCUUGCCUUAGAAGGUGCUAAACCGCGCGAUCAGGAGUUGGCUCCAGCGAGUUUCUUCUUGAAUUCUGCAAAGGCUUUCCACAAAGAGAUUCGAGUACAUGGCACCACCAGUGCUUGCUGUGCUAGUGUUCAGCCUGAACACGAUAUGCGAAGGCCUGUGCUCGAAUUUUUUCUACCCGAUUGUAAAGAAAGCAAAGAUAUUGUUAUGUUCUGCACUCAAAUGAUCAAAAGGCGCAAGUCCUUUCGAUCAUGCUGCGUCAGGCGAUUAGACGAUUGCUGUCACGCAAAGGAUUUGGUGGCCUGCUUGACAGAAUCAGAUGCCGAUGUUGUUUUUGUACAGCAGUCUAUUAGUAAACAACUGAAAGAGACUUUUAUAAGACAGAACGUCUUGUUUGUUGAUAGACUCGGACGCCAGACUGUAGACGCAUCGGAGAAAACGCUUCGGUGGACAGUAUUCGAGAACUUCAGCGACUGGUUUUUCUGCAUAAGGACAGAUUUCAGUCGAAGGUUGUGGAGGUGCUGGGCGACCACCACGCAGCAUCAGUUUGGUUUAACCCUUAAACUGCGUAUACGACACCGCCCCGAGACCUCUAGAAAGAGUACAAGUUCAAUACCACGCGCUUCGUGUAAUGCUGCGAAGAAAUCGGUGUUGCACAAAGUAGAUGAGGAGGUUUUCAAAAUCAAGAGUUUUGGGAGUGGAGGUGAUAUUGAGGCAUUUCUGGUCCGCAACAGUUUUCUCGCAGCCCUGCUGUGUAAGUGUGCAGAUGGUGGGCGAAGUGGUGGAGAGGAAAAUGCAGUGUUUGUGGUCAGCUACAAAACUGUUUUGCGUACUCUUGACUCAGUAUGUCAGCUGUGUCGUCUUCUUAUGUAG